GCCGCGCCCCCGCCCCCCAUGCACCACCUCCUGGAGCAGUCGGCGGACAUGGCGACCGCGCUGCUGGCGGGCGAGAAGCUGAGGGAGCUGAUCCUGCCUGGCUCGCAGGACGACAAGGCGGGUGCGCUGGCCGCGCUGCUGCUGCAGCUCAAGCUGGAACUGCCGUUCGACCGCGUGGUCACCAUCGGCACCGUGCUGGUACCCAUCCUGCUGGUCACCCUGGUCUUCACCAAGAACUUCGCAGAGGAACCAAUUUACUGUUAUACUCCGCACAACUUCACCCGUGACCAGGCGCUGUACGCCCGUGGCUACUGCUGGACAGAGCUGCGGGAUGCCCUGCCCGGCGUGGAUGCCAGCCUGUGGCCAUCGCUGUUUGAGCACAAGUUCCUGCCCUACGCACUGCUGGCCUUUGCCGCCAUCAUGUAUGUGCCCGCACUGGGCUGGGAGUUCCUGGCCUCCACGCGCCUCACCUCCGAGCUCAACUUCCUGCUUCAGGAGAUCGACAACUGCUACCACCGAGCCGCCGAAGGUCGCGCCCCCAAGAUUGAGAAGCAGAUCCAGUCCAAGGGGCCAGGCAUCACGGAGCGCGAGAAGAGGGAAAUCAUUGAGAACGCUGAGAAGGAGAAGAGCCCUGAGCAGAAUUUGUUUGAGAAGUACCUGGAGCGCCGGGGCCGCAGCAACUUCUUGGCCAAGCUGUACUUGGCGCGGCACGUACUGAUCCUGCUACUCAGUGUGGUGCCCAUCUCUUACCUAUGCACAUACUACGCCACCCAGAAGCAGAACGAGUUCACCUGCGCCCUGGGCGCCUCGCCUGACGGGCCGGUGGGUAGCGCCGGGCCCACGGUGCGCGUCAGCUGUAAGCUGCCCUCCGUGCAGCUGCAGCGGAUCAUUGCGGGCGUGGACAUCGUAUUGCUCUGUUUCAUGAACCUCAUCAUCCUGGUCAACCUCAUCCACCUCUUCAUCUUCCGCAAGAGCAACUUCAUUUUUGACAAGCUGCACAAGGUGGGUAUCAAGACGCGCCGGCAGUGGCGCCGCUCGCAGUUCUGCGACAUCAACAUCCUGGCCAUGUUCUGUAACGAGAACCGUGACCACAUCAAGUCGCUUAACCGGCUGGACUUCAUCACCAACGAGAGCGACCUCAUGUACGACAACGUGGUGCGGCAGCUUCUGGCUGCCUUGGCUCAGUCUAACCACGACACCACGCCCACGGUUCGGGACUCAGGCAUCCAGACCGUGGACCCCAGCAUCAAUCCCGCAGAGCCUGAGGGCUCUGCUGAGCCACCCGUGGUCAAGCGGCCCCGUAAGAAAAUGAAGUGGAUCCCCACCAGCAACCCGCUGCCACAGCCCUUCAAGGAGCAGCUGGCCAUUAUGCGCGUGGAAAACAGCAAGACCGAGAAGCCCAAACCUGUGCGCAGGAAGACAGCCACGGAUACACUUAUUGCCCCGCUGCUGGACGCUGGUGCCCGGGCUGCCCACCACUACAAGGGGAGUGGAGGUGAUACAGGGCCCUCCUCUGCCCCGCCGGCUGCCUCUGAGAAAAAGCAUACCCGGCACUUCUCCUUGGAUGUGCACCCCUAUAUCCUAGGCAGCAAGAAGGCCAAGACUGAGGCAGUACCCCCUGCCCUACCAGCCUCCCGGAGCCAGGAAGGUGGCUUCCUGUCCCAGACAGAGGAAUGUGGGCUGGGCUUGGCUGCAGCACCCACCAAAGAUGCUCCGCUCCCCGAGAAGGAAAUCCCAUACCCCACAGAGUCCGCCCUGCCGGGCCUUCCAUCUGGGGGCCCAUUCCAUGUCUGCUCACCCCCCACGGCCUCUGCUGCUGCUUCCCUGUCACCGAGCAGCCUGGGCAAGCCUGACCCCCUCACCAUCCUGAGCCGAAACGCCACUCACCCCCUGCUCCACAUCAGCACGUUGUACGAGGCCCGGGAAGAGGAGGAAGGAGGUCCCUGUGCACCCUCAGACAUGGGCGACCUCCUCAGCAUACCCCCACCCCAGCAGAUCCUCAUCGCCACCUUCGAGGAGCCGAGAACAGUUAAAGGGACUUCUGAGACCCAAAGGGACCCUGGGAGAAAAGCUGGCUGUGCUCGCUUCCCUGGAGAAGACAAUCCCUGGUCCGAUGGCCUACACCCACAAAUUGGCCCCUACGUGAUGAUGAGCAGACACAGCAGCUAAAGUCCUGUUUCCCAAGUGCCACUGACCAUAGACUAUCCAGACAGUGGCUGCGUGCGUGCGAGCAUGCGUGCGCUGCCCCAGAACUUAUACAGAGCUGAAGUAGACAUGGCUGGCACACUGGAUCCAGGGGGCUGGCUCUUUGGGAGAUCUGAAGCCAAUAAAGCAGCCACUUCUCGCCUCUGUUCUUGGAUAAAGUCUA